AUGUCCUGGGCUCACCUGGCCAUUCCCUGGUCCACUCCUCAGGCCUCCAAGUGUGUGGCUCAGGCCGGAGACUUGGAGACAAUGGAGGGGGCUGCAAGUGGCAGGAGGCCUGACCAGGAGCAGCAGAGGAGACAAGGCAUCUCCCACAGGAGAGAUGGAAGGAUUUCCUCCAAGGAGAAUCUGGCUUUCAAAGGGAAGGGAGGAAAUCGAUAUCCUUCAGAAAGACAGAGAGAAAAAGGAAGCGUGGAAACCCGAGAGGGCUCUCAGAGCGGAGGAGUGGUCACCAGGCAAAAGCAGGGGAGAAGCCCAGAUGGCUCACCUGACAGCUGGCACAAAAGAAAAGGAAACGGAGAAAUGAAGGUGAGGGGACGACCAUCCCCAGCCCACGAGAUAGCUAAGGACAAGCCUGACUCCUCCAGAGCAGGACUUCACCGCAGACCAGGGUCUGCCCACAUUCCGCGGCGUCGCCAGGACAGGACGACCCGGUUCCGAUCGCCACUGUGGGCCAGGGGCGGGCGACGCUGCCAGUCGGUCCCCGAGACCCAGCCCUCCUCCCCCAAGCGCCGCCGCUGCCACCUGUCGGCCGAAGCCCGCGCGCCCCUGGCGGCGCUCACGUCCAGGCUCUGCAACCAAGUGGGCGCCCUGGAGGUGGGCCUGGGCGAGCUUUUACUACAAGGAGCAAUAAACCUUAUUUAUGAGAAUCACGAAGACAAGUGCAAAACAGGAAGGGGCUAA